CGUGGGUGGCCCGAGGCGCCAUGGCGACGGUUUCGCCUCGGGUGCUUUUGGGGCUGCGCGACGCCGCCGUCGUCCCGCCGGGCGAUGGCCUCCCGUCGCAGGGCACCGCCAGCAAGCUGGGCGGGUCUCCGGAUUGGAAGCUCUCCGUCCCCGGGAUCCAUCCCUCCUGUGAGGUUUGCAGGGCUGGCUUGCUCCACGUGGUGCAAAUCUAUUGCCCCCUUGAAGGCUCACAGUACCACCGGGUCAUCAACGUUUUUGCUUGUGCCACAGAAAGCUGCUGGGGGAAUUCUGAAAGCUGGAAGGUGUUACGAUCCCAGUAUUUGCAAGUCCCAAGAAACGAAACACAAGGCUGCACAUGGAAGCAGGAGCAAGAAUGGACCCAAGCAGCCACGGACUGGUGCAGUGGAGCAGAUGACUGGGGAGAGGACUGUGAAGAGGCACCUUCUGAGCUGUGUGGGACUUCCAGCUCUUUCCCCAGAGAAACACAGUGUGCAGCUCUGCUGCAGAGGAUGAGCCUGGGGGGAAACACCGGGGCCCUUUGUGAUCUGACCCGGGAAGAGCAGAUCAAGCCCCGCAGCCACGGCCCUGAGUUCCAGCCCUACUACAUCAGUGUAGUGGAUGAAGAAGACUACCUCUGUUGGGACCACCUGGAUGAUGCCCAGAGGCUCCUAAAGGAGUAUCAGCAGAGGGAGGAUGUGGAUUUGGAACAUUGGAUGUCAGCAAGUUACACCCCUGAUGGCUCUGGUGAGAAGUAUGAGAAGAGUGAAGCUCAAAAGAGAAACCAGAUAUUCUACAAAUUCAUGAAAAGAAUUUCCUCCUGCCAGGAACAGAUCUUAAGAUACUCCUGGAAUGGCCAACCUUUAUUUAUUAACCCCCCACCUGCAGACUUCCAGACAAGAAUCCCACCCUGUAACAACUGCAGAAGCAGGAGAAUCUUUGAAUUCCAGCUGAUGCCAACCCUAGUCAACAUGCUGAAGACCAGAGAAAAUGAUACAUCAGUAGAAUUUGGAACUGCGCUAGUCUACACGUGUGAGAAAAGUUGUUGGACAGCCGGUUGUUCUUCACCCUUGGAAGAAUUUAUUUUUGUACAAGAAGAUCCAGACCAGCGAUUGUUUAAAUAGAUUCUAUUUCAUUCUUUGCCGAACCGAAGGCACACAAGAAGAGUGAAUCAGAUAUAUGAAGCCCUGUAGUUUGUCGAAAAGGGAAAUGUUGGCCUCCACUGGUCCUAUCUGGCUAAUAUUGUCCAGGCUCAGAAGCAUAUAUUGUGUACAUGUGCACCCACGGACGACUCUGUAAUGCCUUUUGUGUUGGGGGCGGGGUUUCUGCAUCUUCCCACUACAGCUGGGUUGGCCAUUCUGAUGCAGGGAGAAGCAGCGAUUUUUUUCCCAAUUUCCUGGAGGUCAUGGAUGUGGUCCUG